AUGGGUCUCUCUGCCCCCAAAAACAAAAUGAAACUCUCCCUCGACCCUAAUAAUACAAGAUGGUCCGGCAACACCGACAGUUUUGGGCAUCGCAUGAUGAAGUCGCAGGGCUGGACACCUGGAGAAUAUCUUGGUGUGAAAGAUGCCGCGCACGCCGAAUUCCAUACCGCAGCCAAUGCGUCGCAUAUCCGUGUAGUGAUCAAGGAUAACAAUUUAGGAUUGGGUGCGAAGAUAGGGAGUGGGGUUGGCCCUGGAGAAUGCACGGGUUUGGACGUUUUCCAAAAUUUAUUGGGGAGAUUGAAUGGAAAGGAAGAGGCCGUAAUUGAGGAGGAACAGAAGGGGAGGGAGGAUUUGAAGAGGGCUAUCUAUGCGGAGAGAAAGUGGGGGAGUAUUAGAUUUGUUAAGGGAGGUGUGCUGGUUGGAGAUAAGAUCCAAGAUUUAAUUGAUGGAGAGAAGGAAAGAGUGAAGGUUUUGGAGGGGAAGGGGAAGACAGUGGAGGAGGAUAGUAGUAGUGAGGAGAGUGAUUCCAGUUCGGAUGAGGAAGAAGAAGAAGAGAAAACUCCGGAACCCGUGGCCGAAAAGAAGAAGUCGUCAUCGAAACGAAAGAGAGAGGAACAGGAAGACGAAGAAAAGAAAUCCAGCAAGAAAAGCAAGAAGGAGAAAAAGAGCAAACAGCGAAAGGGUGAGGGUGAGGACGAUAAAGAUAAGACCGAGACCAAGAAGUCGAAAAAAUCCAAGAAGGAUCGCAAGUCGAAAUCGAAGUCUACCUCUGAAUCAGAAGCCGAAAGUCUUGACGAAGCCGCAAUAAAAGUACACAAGAAGGAAAAGAAAGAGAAGAAACGAAGAGAAAAAGAAGCAGCAGCGACGGGCGCAGAUAUCGAAGAAACCACCUCCACCUCCAAAUCCUCCAAGAAGAAAUCGAAGAAGGAUAAACACAAAUCGUCCUCCACAUCAGAAUCCUCCACCAAAGAAAAUACACCAGUAGUCACAGAACCAAAAGCGAAACCAACGCCGAUGGGUAUACGCUCUAUAAGAGCUCGACAUAUCGCGCAGAAGAGAAUGGCUAGUAUGGAUGUGGCGAGUUUGAACCAGAUUUUCAUGAUCAAGUCACAGACGUAA